CCCCGCCCCGCCCGUGAACAUCUAUUGGCCGGGCGCGGCAGGAAGUGAUGGGCGCGGAGGGUCAGUGAUUAGAGGGGACGUCAGUCGAACUCGGCAGUAGGGGUUGCAGCGAAGCCGGUUUGUGCUGGGGGUUCCCCUCCCUGCCAGCUGUAUGGGCACGGGGCGCUGCCCGCAUCACCUCGCAGCGUUCCUGGGGACUGAGCUCAUGGGGCGGGAGACCUGGACUUGGGCUUAAUCCUUUAUGAGAUCCCAAAAUGAAUGAAGAAUCCAGUCCACCUGAAGAAUUGCUCCGUGGCUUAAAGCUUUCUGAUCAGAAAUCAUCAGAGAGCACCAGUCCUUUGACAGUUGGUUUCAAAGAUGGACAUUUUCAAAGAAGCCUGGACCAGGGAGACAGGCAUUCUUCUGCCAAAGAGGCUGGAGCAGCAGAGGAGUGCUUUCAUGACUGUAAGGACUCCUUUGAGGUAAAGGAAUCAGAUAUGGAACAGGAGAAGCAUGCAGAUUUAGAUGAAGAAUACUUAUUAGAACUGGAAAAAAACAUGCCAGAGGAAGAAAAACAGAAAAGAAGGAAGGAGAGCACAACAUUAAAGGAAAAAGGAAACAAGCAGUUUAAGGAAGGAGAAUAUGGGGAAGCAGAAGACUCCUAUACAAAAGCUGUACAAGUUUGCCCAGCCUGCUACCAGAAAGACAGGUCUGUUUUGUUUUCAAACAGAGCUGCUGCAAGAAUGAAACAGGACAAGACAGAAGCUGCCCUGACAGACUGCAGUAAAGCGAUUGAACUAGAUCCUAACUAUAUCAGGGCUCUGCUGAGGAGAGCAGAACUGUAUGAAAAAACAGAAAAACUAGAUGAAGCCCUGGAGGAUUAUAAAACAGUCCUAGAAAAGGAUCCAUCAGUGCAUCACGCAAGAGAAGCUUGCAUGCGAUUACCUCAACAGAUUGAAGAGCGGAAUGAAAAAUUAAAAACAGAAAUGUUAGCCAUUCUCUGCUGUGCACUCCAGAACUUGCAGGGAGAAAGAACGGAUCCCGCCCUUCUCUCCCAUGCUCUGUGAACUGUGGUGAGGACCUCACACAUGGCAGCAGAGAUCAGCUUGAAGUUACUGACAGCGAAAGAAGACUCGGAGGAGCCUGACAGUGUAUAUGAUGAUGUGCACCCUGUCAUUGGUUUGGGCACUCGGGCAUCUCUACAGGGUGGACUGUUGCUUCUGGACUAGAGAAACAAGCACAGAUUGGUGGGAUUGCAUUGUCAUACAGGUGUGGGAUAAAGCUCACUCGCUUCAGAGUUUUAGCAUGUGUAAAGCAACCUUCCUGCAGCUGUGUGCUUAGCUAGUGUCUGACCCACAGCACAGGGACACCAGAAUGAAAUCUGCCCUCUUGCUUGAGAAGCACGCUGCCAUUGCUGUGUGUGGAAGCUGGCAACUCCUAGUUGCUUCCGUUGAGUUGCAAAUGAGUUUGGAGCUGUACUAUUGCAAGUCUGCAGAGCAAUAAAUCACAUUCUGCUAUGGAG